AUGGCCAAGGGUUAUAUGCUUAUCCUUUUAGCUGGCCUUGAUUACCUCCAUUCCCAAUGCAGGGUUGUACACACAGAUCUGAAGUUCGACAAUAUACUAGUAACGUUCGAAAACGAAAACAUUCUUCCCAAGUUUGCCAGAGAACAAGCGGUUCAUUCUAUGCAAUUCAAAACGGAUCCAGAUACCGGUCGUGUUGUCUAUCGCUGUCAUAAUGACUUCGGGCCCCUCGAUCCGAGCAAGUUAGGGAACAUAUAUCCUCAAAUAACCGAUUUUGGUGCGUCUACAUUACUUGGUGAUGACAGUAAUAAUGAGGCUACUCAACUUGGUACCCGUCCCAUACAGCCUGACUAUUAUCGUGCGCCAGAAGUUAUUCUUGGUUGCGGCUGGAGCUUCAGUGCAGAUAUAUGGAAUUUGGGUGUUCUGGCGUGGAAUAUAAUCGAAGGUACAGAGUUAUUUACUCAAGUACAAGAUGCAGGAGGAAAUUACGUUUCAAAAGCACAUCUCGCGGAGAUGAUAGCACUGCUUGGCCCGCCACCCAAGAAAUUACUUGCGAUGUCAGAUUCAAUGGCGCAGGUCGAAUGGUCUCCAGCUAUUACAGAUGAGAGAGGCAAGACGUAUAAAAAUAACAGAGACUAUUUUGGUGGACCAUUCUUUGAUGGAGAAGGUGGGUAA